UAUUUUGACUACAUUGCUUUCAUAUCUGAUUAAUGUUAAAAAUGCAUUCAUAUUUAAUUUACGUUAAAAAUGUUUUUUCACAGAUGCAAUGGCUAGAAAUCGUGACUACUGUCGACCAACUAAUAUCGAGUUUGCUGAAGCAAUAACUCGUGCUCUUAAAAGUUCAAAAGAGAGGCGACGAAAACGUCAAUUAGUCGCGGAUUUGAACAACCGACAUCAGAUCAGCAAUCAGAUAAUCGACAACGUUGAAGAGAAAGACCGUCAAGUUUGUAGAUGUCAUGUGAAAAAAACAACCUCUGCCAAAGUUCACAGAAUAUCGCCAGAGUCAGUUGCUACCUUUCAAAGCACUGAUGCUUCGAAACAUAUUGAAGAAAAUUCAGAGGUCGACGAGCAGGACAAGCAUUCGGACUAUGAUCUCGAACCGUACGAGGAGUCAGUGAUCGAAGAAUACCGCUUAGAAGAAGAGAUUUUUAAGAGAGAAGAAACAAAUUAUAAGGAAGAAGACUUUAAUUCUAUUCUAACGCAGUCCGAUCUCGAAAGAAUCGACAAAUUGUCGACAUACAAGAAACAAAGAAAGAAUUAAAAUGUCGGUAACGACUAUUAU